UCCCAGGGGGUUUGACAACCGUCGCCCCGUAAGUAGCGGGUAGUGAUGAAAACGCGUUUCAGGUCAGUUUAUAUUACGUAUAUAAUCCUAUGCAUUGCAGUCAGUUUGAAGGUAUAGGGACUACUGCUGGCGUAGUUCAGCAGCACAUGAAAGGUGUUUGGCAGAAAAAUUAUUCAGAGACGACUGAGACCACAACUCGGUUCAGCAGACCCUGCGAAAUCUGGUGGGAGGGAUUGUGAUGUGAACGCUUUCCGUCAGGUGUUUUGGUUUGUCGCCACUGCAAAUGCACAAUUCAUUCGUCUGCACAGAAGCGCCCAGGUGCUGGACACGAAGGAGAAGCGGGCACCAGUGAAUUUAAUGGUGAAAAGUGAUGUACAACUCUGAACAUUUUCCUUGAAGAAAAGUGAGUUUAUUUAAUCCACUUAUGCACUGCAUCAGCAUGGAUCCCACUGAUUCAAGACUUAUAAAUGGAAAAACCUUUAGCUUGCACCUAACCCUGAAAAGCAUGCAGAAAAUACAAUGAUUUGCCCAAAGCUCUUUGGCCACUUUAGCAUUGAAAGUAAUGGUGAAUAAUGACCAGUUUGGAAAAAGGAUGUGACUUGCCCCGUCAAGCAUUAUGAGACAAGCGGUGACCACGCUCUCAAUGUGGGGGGAGAGGCACUUUGGCUACACCACCUUGAGGGAUUCCACCGAGACACUGGGCGACGAGAGAUGGCCCCAGAUACCCCGUCUGAAGGAGGACUCCGUCAUUGAGGAGAAGGAGGUGGAGGAGGACAGCGGCCUGGAGCAGACGCCCACCUCCGAGGAGCACGAUGCCGUGGUGGGGCUGGCCUCUGUCCUGCCGAUGGACUCUCCCCACGGAGGAGAGCAGGACCACGACCUCAGGCGCCAGCUGGAAGCCCAGCCCAAAGUCUGCAAGCUGCCUUUCGUCGCCAAGUCCGAGAAGGAGCCAGGUAUGGAUGGAAGGGGUGGCGUGGGUGGAGGAGGAGGAGGAGGAGGAGGAGGAGAAGGAGCAGCGAACUGUGUGGCUACUCCCAGCCCUGACAAUGACCACCCGGCUGGGAUCCUCGAUGAAGCCGCCACGCCGCCUUCCGACUCCCUGGGAGAAGUGGCCCCCGUGUGGGUCCCCGACUCCCAGGCUCCGGCCUGCAUGAAGUGCGGGGCCAAGUUCACGUUCACCAAGAGGAGGCACCACUGUAGGGCCUGCGGAAAGGUGUUCUGUGUAGUUUGCUGCGAUCAGAGGUGCAGAUUAACACACCUGGAUGGGAAGGAGGGGCGUGUCUGUGUCAGCUGUCACUUCACUCUCAUGAACCGGUCGGCCCCCAAAGAUCAGAGAAGGGUGUGGUUUGCAGACGGCCUCUUGCCUGACUCGGACGCCAGGGACUCCACUGGAACGCUAGAUCAUAGACCGUCCAACUCCUCUCAGCCAAGAAGACCUUCAGUGCUGGGGACAGGAGGAGAGGUUGUGGAUGCGGAUGCUCCGUCUGGCUGGGGUAUGGGUGCUCUGGUGGGAAGUCCCAUUGGCAGCUCAUCCAACCUGAUCCCAUCAGAAGGCCUUCCUCCUAUUCUUACAUCGACUGGAGUCAAGGGAGACUACACCGUGGAGGAGAGGCCCUCUGAGAUGUCCUUGAUGGUGGAGCUGGAGGGGGGCAGAGCAGAGCCGCUGGUCUUCGUCCUCAACGCCAAUCUCUUGGCCAUGGUCAAGCUUAUCAACUAUGUGAACAGGAGGUGCUGGUGCGUCAUGACCAAGGGGAUGCACGCGGUGGGCCAGGCCGAGGUGGUGGUUCUGCUGCAGUGCCUGCCCGACGAGAAGACCUUUCCCCGGGACAUCUUCACCCACUUCAUCCAGCUUUAUCGAGACGCCCUCGCAGGGAAGGUUUUAAAUCACCUCAGCCACUCCACGGUGAGCAGAGGCCUGCUGGGUAGCAAAGAGCACGCCGGGUUCCUCUACAUCCGCCCGACCUUCCAGUCCCUGGACGGUCUCCCGCUGCCCAGCCAACCCUUCCUCUUCGGGAUCCUGAUCCUGAGAGCCGAAACCCCCUGGGCCAAGGCCUUCCCCCUGCGCCUCAUGCUUCGCCUGGGGGCCGAGUACAGGUUUUACCCUUGUCCUCUGUUCAGUGUACGCUUCCGGAAGGCUCUGUUUGGAGAAACCAGCCACACUAUCAUGAGAUUGCUUGUGGACUUCCGUUUCUACCGCUACACGUUGCCAGUGGUAACGGGCCUGAUGGUGGACAUGGAGGCUCGGAGCACCUGUAUUAAAAUCCCCAAAGCCCGGCACAGUGAGCUGUUAAAGGCCCUGAACAAGUCCAAUGAGCAUGUGUUGGCCAUGGGCGCAUGCUUUAAUGAGAAUGCAGACUCGCACCUGAUCUGUGUACAGAGCGAGAACGGACAGUACCAGACCCAGGCCAUUAGCAUCCAUAACAAGCCCCGGAGAGUUACCGGCGCCUGCUUUUUUGUGUUUAGUGGAGCUCUGAAAAUAUCCUCUGGAUACCUCGCCAAGUCGAGCAUUGUCGAAGAUGGUCUGAUGGUUCAGAUCACCAUGGAGAGCAUGGUGGAGCUUCGGCGCUCCUUACGGGAGAUGAAGGACUUCACCGUCACCUGUGGAAAGCUCGACCAAUCGGACAACCAGGAGUGUGUGUACAUCCAGUGGUUGGACCAAGAGCCACGCUUCAACAAAGGGAUCUCCAGUCCCAUCGAUGGUAAAUCCAUGGAGUCCAUCACCAGCAUCAAGAUGUUCCAGAAGUCAGAGUACCGGGCCAACGGCAAGGUCAUCCGCUGGACAGAGGUGUUCUUCCUGCAGAGGGACAAGCAGGCCAAUGGGCCGGCGAACCCCACCAGUUACAGCCGGCUGACGGAGAGGCUGGCGCGGGCGUUCUGCCUGGCCUUGUGCUCCUAUCUCAAGCUGCUGAAAGAGGACGGCAUGGCCAAGCUAGGAUUGCGGGUCACGCUGGACACCCAGCGCACGGAUUACCUCGCGGGCAGCAACGGGCAGGCCUUGCCCUCUCAGUACAUGAAGAUACUGGACAGCGCCCUGAUGCCAGUGAUUCAGGCUGGGGCCCUCCAGCGAGGCGAGGGACCCCUGGAGAUGGAGUUCAUCUUCUACAUCCAGGAGAACAUCUCCUAGAGAUGGAGUUCAUCGUCUACAUCCAGGACAACAUCUCCUAGAGAUGGAGUUCAUCCCUUACACCCAGGAGUCCAUCUCCUAUGUCCAGGAGUUCAUCUUCUGCAUCUAAAAGAGAACAUCUCCUAUGUCCAGGAGUUCAUCUUCUGCAUCUAAACGAGAACAUCUCCUAAAGAUGGAGUUCAUGUUCUGCAUCUAAACGAGAACAUCUCCUAAAGAUGGAGUUCAUCUUCUGCAUCUAAAAGAGAACAUCUCCUAAAGAUGGAUUUCUCCACUUUCUCUCCCCCUGCCUGCCUCUUUUUUUCUUUUGUUUAUACCUGCAUCCCCUACUCUCAUAGAACCCAUUAGUGCCAACUGCCUCAUCAACGGCAAUCACCCUGCCCCAGCUGGCAGAGAACAUCGCAAGCAUGGUGCCAUUCUUCCUGCUCCCGACAAAUCAUUCCCAUCAAGUAGAUGCCGCAUGACCAGUGGCCAUCUUGAUUUUAUUUUGAAAAUACAAUGCCAGUAUUUUGAAUAGGCCCUCCAGCUGCAGUAAUCAGCCUUUAAAUAAAUCAUGGAUUCUUGGUUGGGGGAGAAUAUGGAAGUCUAUUUUACUUUCUCCAAGCUGAAGAAAAAAAAAGACUGAGUGUCAAAAUUGUUAUUUAUUUCUUUGAGAGAAACACGUAGACAAAACAGCUUCAAUGUAACACCAAGGUCCUUUUAAAAAACGGACUUCAGAUGCAAUACAGUCUGUAUCAGUCUCUUAUCCAUGUAACAGCUCAUGCUCAAGUACUACUUUCUCAACUGUGAAACCCCAGGAUUAAAAUGCACACUUAGGCCAUGGAUGGAAAACAAGACAAAAUAAAUGGCCAUGAAUAAUAGGCAA